AUGCGUAAAAAGUCAACAACAUUAUCUCCAUUAAAAAGACCGUCUACUCGUUCAAUAUCAAUAAAUAAAACUCCAUCACAAUCAGAUAAAUACAUUUUUCAAUCAGACAACGAAGAUCAUAUUAAGAAACCAGUGUUUGAUCGUAAAACUAAUACACCUCUUCCAAUAAAACGUUCCCGUGGUCGACCCCCAAAAACUCCUAGACUAGAAGAAAACAAUCCAGCCCGUACAUCAAUCUCAUCAUCGAAUAUUGAAAGUGAUAGUGGUACUGAAGAAAGUUCAAUAGUAAAACAAACUCCAGGUAAAUACUCUUACAAUAAACCAGUUACACGAAGAACAUCACGUCUCAUUUCUCAAACAAAUACAUCCAUAGGUGACAAAAUUUCUACACCAAAAAAACGAGGACGUAAACCAAAAAUGUUAAACACAAUUGAUAACGAUCAAGAAGAAGAUAAAUCAAAACAACAACAACAACAACAACAAUUAGAAACCGAAAAUAUCAUUCCGCCAUCAUCAGUAAAACGUCGUUAUGUUAAAAAGAAAACUUUAUCAACAGAUACAAAUCCUAAAACUGAUCUUAAUGAAUACGAUGAUGAUAAUAAUAAUCAAAAACUUGCAACUAUUGAUGAAAAAGAUCUUAUGCAAUUCGGUUCACCACAACAUCAAACUCAAAUUCAAUCUCAAUCUCAACCUCAACCUCGACAACAACAACAGCAUCAAUCUGAGGACGAAUUUAGUGAUGAUUCAGUUGAUUUUGUUUGGAAAGGUUCAAGUAAAUUAUCUAUUGAAAUUCUUAAACGUCGUAUGCCAAAGGAAGAAUCAAGAGAAUAUGCAUCUACGUCAUCCGAUCCAACAGCUCAACGUAAACGAGCUAUUAUUCCACGUUUAACUAAUUUUGAUGCUCUAUCAGGUCAACCAUCUGAUAAUACAUCAACAAAGAGGCCAAUAAAUGAUAAUCCUGAACAAAAUACACAAAAGAAAUCGACUUCUGUCAUUACAUUAAAUAAUGUUUUUCAAAAUGAUUUUGUACCUUCAUAUAAUGAUACAGGUGCAAAAAUGACAACAACAACAACAACUGAGGUACCAACAGAGGAGAAACCACGUCCUCGUAUUUAUGCUGUUAAAAGUACAACAAUGAAAUCACGUCCGCAAUUGCCACAACAACAACAACAGCAGCAACAACAACAACAACAACAACAACAACAACCAGAAAUUAAACGACCGAAAUGGAUGAGUGAUCAACCAGAAAAAUCUGAAGAAGAUGAUGAAGACAAUUUACCACCAGCUGGUGAAGAACCAACUGAUUUUGAUUAUAUACCCAAAGGACAAUAUAUACCGAAACGUCCUAAUUAUCGUGCUCGUGGAACAUAUCCAGGACGACGUGGUACAGGUAUGCGUGGACGACCACCGGGUUCACGUCGACAAUAUCAUGACGACGAUGACGAUGAUGAUUAUGAUCAAUAUGAAGAACUCAAUUCACGGUAUGGAGCUCGAAAACAAACAGCCUAUCGAACAUCGCGUCCUAUGUAUGAUAUGGGUGGUGGCGAUGAUGAUGACGAUUAUAAUAGAAACCGUCGAAUGAGUUUAACACAAGCUUAUCGUCGAAAUAAUACUGCUCGUCCACCAAUAUCAGCAAUGAGUGGUCAACGUCGUAUUGCAAUUAACAAUGGAAAUCAUCCUAUAUACAAACCAUACAAAUCAUCGAGUUAUCGUCCGACACCAGCUACACUGGGUUUAUCGACGUCAAGUCGUCGUACGAGUAGUACUAGUCGAAGUCCUGUCAGUACAAUAUCCAAACCCCAUCAUCAUAUAUCAUCAACAAUGUCCAAAAAUUAUUCGGAUGACGAUUAUUAUCAUCAACAGCAACAACAACAAGCACGUUCAACAACCAUCAAUAAUUCAAAUAAUACAUAUGUAACAAAAAUGAAUGAUACGCAAUUAAACGAUGUUUCAAAUCAAUCACAAAUAUUUUUUGUUAACAUGCCACAACAAGAACAACAAAAAAAUCAAUCGCAACAAGUUUUGUCGGUUUUAACAACCGAUCAACAGCAGCAGCAACAACAAGUUCUUCCCGUUACCGUUGUACAACAAGUUAAACUACCAGCCGAUGUUCCUAAACAAAAGAAAAUUCUUCCUAAACCAUCUUCAUCAACAACAAAUCAACAAAUGAAUGCAUCAAACGAGCAAGCGUCAGGAAAUAAUAAACCAUUUGCAUGGUCACGUCCACCAGCUCGCAUACAAUCGAAUCAUAAUGAACAAACGAUAAAUAAAAAUUUAAAUUCUACAUCAAUCAAUACCGAUUUAGACACAAUGGAAGCUGCACACGUUUUAGCAACAGCAGCCGAUGUAACUAUGGCUGCUGAUGCACGUCGUAAAGCACAACAACACGAUGAUGACAUGUCGAUGAUGGUUGAAGAAACACCUUCGAACAUAGCGGGCGAAGAAACAAUUCAGUGUGAUGAAAAUACGGCAAAAGCUAUUACACAACAACAACUUGGUACUAUAACAGCAAAUAUUAUUGAUGAGAAUGGUGUUGAACAUACUGUUCUAUUAUCAACCGAAGAAGCACAACAAUUACUAGGCACACAAGGUGCUAUUAUUGUCGAUAGUGAUGGUCAACAACUAUCAAUUCAACAAGCUCAACCUCAAACAUUCGUUUCACAAUUUGCACUUGAUCAAGCUCAAUUGCAAGCAUUACUUGCACAAGCCGGUCUUGAUCCUAAUACACCCUUAACUAUUGAACAGGUUGAUCCAAAUCAACAACAACAAAUGGCUACAUUGUGUACAUCUCCAGGUGGUACACAAUAUACUGUAUUGACACAAGCAUCAACACAACAGCAAUUUAUAUUACAAACAACAAACGAACCAUCGUUGCCUACACUUCCAAUUCAACCUCAGCUAAUAGCGCCAAAAGAAGAACUAUCGUCAUCACCGCCGGCAAAACGUCGAGCUUUUGCUGUUAAAUCAACAGUUCGUUCAGAAACAUUUGAUGACUUAAAUGAAAGACCACGACGCAAAAUCUUUGCAACAAAAUCUACUGUUUCAUCAAUGAACGAUGAAAUUCAUGACGAUCAGGAAGGUUUUAUUGGCACACGAGCCUAUCAUCGCAAUACAGGCCGAAAAUAA